AAAACUGGUUACUUCACAGACGCUGCCACCCACCCUUCCCACUCUUCCUAUCUGUCUUCUGGAUCUUGGUGUCUCAGAAAUAUGAGUCCUUUUCUUUUCUUUUUCCUUUUCUUCCCCUUGAUUUGACCAGCCAGAAGGGCGCUGCCUUCUCUUUGUCUUGUUGCCCUCCAGAGAAUAUGGCUUUGUGAGGUCGCUUUUCCUUCCACCUUCUUUCCCAUCUCCAUCAUUGGAGCCCUUUUCAGUCCUAGAGGUUGCUCUGAGAAGCUGGAGUUCUGUUAACCGUUCCAAAGCUUCCUUUUUUAAAGCUCAAACUUGUUUUGGAGGCAAUGGAGGUGACUUGUGACCUUCAAGUGGAUGUUAAUGGGGAGGAGAUCUUCUUGGUGAACAAGGUAAGCCCUUUUCUCCUAUCAAUACUAAUGGAUAGUUUGGAGUAUUUUAUUUCCAAACGUUAAUUUUAUCCCCUGUUCCCUUCAACUAAAUUUAGAAUCUUGAUCGAGCUUUUGAAUUGGGUAAUUCUAUUUGUCACGCAAAUAUCCAUAAGAUGCUUAUGCCUUGUUUCUUCCUGAUGUAAGAAAGCCAGUCAAAUUGGAUUUGAUCCGGAAAGUUCUUUUCUUUGAAUAUUUAGAGCGUCUCUUUCUUUCAUUUUUGCUUGAUUCUUUGCUUGAUGUGGAGCUGUCUUUAGAGAUUUCAUUCUAUGAAUAGAAAAAAAUGGUAUCUGGUUCUGUCCCUUGUUUUAUCUACGUCUUCUUGUUUUCUCCUUGGAUUUUUCUUUUUUUUGUUUGAUUGAAAUAAGAAAUCGGGUCGGGUCAGGAUCACCCAGGACCCGGUCCGAUCCGACCCAUUUGCACCCCUAAACCACACCUGGUCUCCCCCUCUCAUUUUAAAAAACCUUAUCGAGUCGGGCGGCCACUGGUGCCCGCCCUCGAAAUUUUUGAAAGUAAUCAGGGCCUCAAGAAAUCCCGUCCAUCCUCCAAGAAUCGUAGAAGGGAUAAUCGAAACCAGAACGAGGAGAUGGCUACGGAGAGAACGGUACUGUUGUUAAUCAGGACUUCCCGCCCAUCCUUCCGUAACCCCCACGGCAAGGUCGCCUUCGCCGUUCAUGCCUCCUUCCUCGCCGCCGGCUAUUUCCUCGCCGCCACCGGAAAGAACGCUUUAUCCGAUAAUCCUCCGAUCGGUGGGGAAGAGGUGGGGAUCGAGGGGUGGGACGAGCAGGUGGGUAGCUAUGAUUUUCUGUACUUCGCGACUGAGAUGGGUCAGAAAAAGAAAUUUUUGGUGAGGUGCACGGUGAUCGGUGAGUUUCUUACAAUUGAUUGCUUGAAUCUUGAGGGACAGCAGAAGGAACCGUUAUACUUAUCAAUCCGGGUGAAGGAUUACCUGUCCCAUGAUGAGAAUCAGAUAAGUAAUUAUGGGGAGUUGUACAAAGAUUUGAAGGGCCUCGUCAAGAACUUGAAUUCCAGUAUCUUGGCUAAAUUGGAACCCAACGUUGGGAGCAGGGUUAAGAUCUGAGAAGCUCGGCGCAACAUAUGGGAAAAGCUAAAAUGGAGGAAAGAGUUAUGGGAUAGGGUUGUAUCUUUCGCGUGAAAGGAGGAUUCAUUUUCCUUGGCACGAAUCAACUAUUGGACCGUGCAAUGGUUGCUUCAAGGUCUGUGCAGGCAAUGAAUAGAAAGCUUUGCAGUGCUUUGACAUCCAUGCAGAUUAUGAUCCACCGGCGAAGAUUGAUUAUUCUUUUGUGCAAAAGAUACAAGGCGAACUCAAGAGUUAUGCAGCCUAGUAGCUUGUCAAUUUUCUGUUGGAGUUCAUCAAUCUAGAACCAUCUCUUGGCUCUUCCCCGUUCAAUUGCUCCUUUAUGUGGUUAACAGCGUCCAGAAUUUCUUGCCAUCUUUGAUGUCAGUUUGAUAUUAUGGACAAAACUGCGGAACUUCCGUAAGAUGUGGUAAAAUUGGUCAGUGAAUUUCGAGCCUGUGCUUUUGGCUGACUCGGAGAAUCCUUGGCCACCAA